UACUUGGCUAAACCCCAAACCUUCUCACUACUCUUCUAUACUCGAUCAAGCUCUAAAAUCUCAUCAUUCAAAUUGCACAUCUAGUCAUGUCAGCUUCCAAACCUUCUGGUAACCAAAAAUCUCUAUACCCAGAAGUCAUUCUCACGAACCCAGAAGCUACUUCUGCUAGUUUCUCCAAACCCGCUCCUUCUUCUUCGACUCUGUAUCCUUCUAUUGACAUGAAAGACCUUGCUGAGAAUCUCUUCCCUGAGGACGAAGCCGUUUCGCAGAACCCGAUUCCCCAAUCUUCCGAAGAAAUACUGGUCAAGAUACCAGGCGCCAUUGUUCACCUCAUCGAAAAGGAAAACAGCGUUGAGCUCGCUUGCGGAGAUUUCACCAUAGUCGGGCUACGUCAAGGGGAGAACAUCGUCGCAGUCCUAGCUCGUAUUGGGGAGGAGGUGCAGUGGCCGCUGGCUAGAGAUGAGGCGGCUGUGAAGGUCGAUGACUCGCACUAUUUCUUCGCUCUUAGGGUUCCGGCUAAUGGGACGCCGGAAAACGAAGACGACGAGGGGUCUGAUCAUUACGAUCGUCAAAAAGGUCAGUUCGAUGAGUUGAAUUAUGGGUUGACGAUUGCUUCGAAGGGUCAAGAUGAUUUGUUGAAGGAAUUGGAUAAGGUUUUGGAGACUUACAGUUGCUUCUCGAAGCAGAAAGUGGAAGAAGGGAAAGGGAGUUCUGGGGUUUUGGAUGGGUCUGUGGCGAGAGAAACGACGCCGUAUGAGUUGGAAUCGGAAGAGGAAAAGAAGGAUUUGAUUAGGGAGAGGUCGGCGGCGUAUUGGACCACUUUGGCUCCGAAUGUUGAGGAUUACAGUAGCCGGGUCGGGAAGCUGAUUGCAUCCGGGUCGGGUCAACUGAUCAGAGGGAUUUUGUGGUGUGGAGAUGUAACAGUGGAUCGAAUGAAGUGGGGGAAUCAGUAUUUGAAGAAAAACAUGGGGCCUUGUUCCAACAGCGAGAUUAGUCCAGAAGCCAUGAGGAGGGUGAAAAGGGUUAAGAAACUGACAAAGAGGUCAGAGAGAGUGGCAAGUGGGAUUCUUUCUGGGGUGGUCAAAGUAUCUGGUUUUUUCACUAGUUCAAUAGCCAACUCCAAAGUGGGCAAGAAAUUUUUCAGCUUACUGCCUGGAGAAAUUGUCCUUGCUUCAUUGGAUGGAUUCAGCAAGGUCUGUGAUGCAGUUGAAGUUGCUGGAAGGAAUGUUAUGUCCACCACUUCAGUUGUGACCACUGGACUUGUUUCCCAUAGGUAUGGAGAACAAGCAGGGAAGGUCACAAAUGAAGGACUUGAUGCAGCUGGGUAUGCUAUAGGGACUGCUUGGGCUGUGUUUAAGAUAAGAAAGGCUAUUAAUCCAAAGAGUGCAGUUAAACCUUCAACCCUUGCUAAAGCUGCUGCUGAAGCAAAUUCUGCUAGGUUGAAAUCUAAAUCCAAGAAGUAAUCUUUCUCUAUUUGUUUUUUUUUUCAUUGGUGUGUUGUCCUCUUUAUAAGAAUAGCAGAUGUAGUUAGAGUGAAAGCCUUUUUGUAUUGAUAGCGGAUAGUACUAGAGAUGUUUAUAUAUUGCACUUCAUUAACAUCAUUUUUCCAAUUACAUUCAUGUGUUUGUUUGUAAUUUAAUGAAGAAUUAUUCGACUAAAGUUCCACAACA